AUUCCACAACAGCGCCAUCUUUCAGGAGGCUAUUUUUUGGGCUUUGAAACUCCCCCACAACGGACAGGAAAGGGUUAAGAAGCUUUAAGGAUCCGAUCGAUGCCUUCUCUCCCGCACGUCGCCAUGAACAAAUGAAUUCGCGGGGAAUUAAAUACCAGUUUCACAAAGGAGAGCGAGUCUUGUGCUUUGAACCCGACCCCACCAAGGCUAAAGUCUUGUAUGACGCCAAGGUCCUUGAUGUCUUGAUCAGUACGGAUGAACAUGGGAGACGAGUCCCAAAGUACCUGAUUCACUUCAGCGGCUGGAGCAGAAGCUGGGAUCGGUGGGCUGCAGAGGAUCAUGUCCUAAGGGACACGGAGGAAAACCGCAAAUUGCAACGUAAGCUGGCUCGCAAAGCUCUGGGGCGCAUGAAGAGAAAGGGAUGGACGAAGAGGCGUCGUCGUCAGUCUGGUAACAAAUCUUCUCUGAAGACUCUCCCUAAGGAGGAGGACAGCGAUGACGCUUGUUUGAUUUCGACCUCGGACAGCAGCGAAGGGGACGACUCGGACCCGGACUCUUCGAACAGCGGCGACAGCACCUUCUCUGAAGACAUCAACAAGAUGCGGGUCGACCCGGACCUAAACGUGAAGAGGGAGUGCGAGGAGAAGGUCGUCCACGUGGACAUCAACAUCCCGGAGGUCCUGAAGAAGAAGCUGGAGGACGACUGCUUCUACAUCAACAAGAGGAAAAAGCUCGUCAUGGUCCCCUGUCAGACCAACGUCGUCCACAUCCUGGAGUCCUACGUCAAGCACUUUGCCAUCAACAAGGCCUUCAUGGCCAACGAGCGGUACAGGCGCCAGCAGACCACGGUGCAGAGCGGCAGCCCCCAGCCCAUCCCCCCGGAGAGGAGCGAAGAGCUCUGUAAGGAGAUGGUGGACGGUCUGCGCAUCACCUUCGACUUCACCCUACCCAUGAUCCUCCUCUACCCCUGCGAACAAGCCCAGUUCAAAAAGGUCAGCUCCUCCAGGCUGCUCCUGGCGGCCGCCGAAACGUCCCCCGGCUCCAGCAACGCCCAGCGAGAGCGCAGCCCGAGCCCGCCCGCCCACAACCCCCCGACGCCUCAGUCCACAGACAGCCAGCCGGCGCUGAGCGACACCUCCGCCACCACGCCCACCGCUCCGGCCCCGACUCCGAAGCGCCGCCGCCACCCCGACAUGGACUGCAUCUCCUACCAGUCGCAGUCCCUCAGGCGCUCCACCAGGAACACGUCGGGGGGAGAUCGGCCCGCCGAGGGGAGCAGCGGAGGCGGAGGCAGCGCCACAGCUUCCCCGCAGCUCAAGCGGCGAUCGGUCGACACGUCAUCGCAACCCAAGUUCUUCCUCAACCUUGAAAAAAAAACCCCGGUCCACAGCGGCUCCUCGUCCCCGUUGCCGUUGACGCCGAGCAAAGAGAGGAGCCGGCCCUUCUACGGGCUGGAGAGCCGGAGGAACAACGAGCUCAACGAGGUUCUGAGCUGGAAGCUGACGCCUGAUAACUACCCUCUGAGCGACCAGCCUCCUCCGCCCUCUUACCUGUACGGGUCCCAGCACCUCCUGCGGCUUUUCGUCAAGCUUCCAGAGAUCCUGGGGAAAAUGCAGAUCCCUGAGCGGAACCUCAGAGCCCUGAUCAAACAUCUGGAGCUCUUCCUAAGGUUUCUGGCAGAGUACCACGAGGAUUUCUUCCCCGAGUCGGCAUACGUGUCGGCAUCAGAGGCCCACUACAGCAUGAAGCAACCGAGGCCGGUUUACUAAAGGAGACCCGGACCGAUGCAGCACCUCUGGGGGGGGGGAAAGAAAUCUCCCACUUCUGUUUUCCAUCCCUUCCUCUGCUGCUGCUGCUGUGUGGAUGCGGUUUCUUCCAUGUUGCUCCUGCAUGCAGGACUACAGUUUUCUGCUUUGCAGUAACGUGGAGUGCAUGCUGAUUUCCGUGAAGUCUAGAGUUCUCACGGCUGACCCUUUAUUUCUGUUGCAUUUCCCUUCGCCAUCAGCGUUGUCACCCGUUCUUUGAAGAAUGGGGGUUGGGGAAACAAAAAGUUCUGUGUUGCUCUUCUCCUGCUUACCUCUCUGUGGAGGGGAUUGUGCGCCUGUUUGGAAGUUCUGAACUUUCCAGAGAGGGACUUCCUCCUCUUCCUCCUCUUCUCAUUGGUCCAAAAUAUUGCCAGACUGCAACAUGACUUUGGCUUUCUAUCCUUUACUUUUUUUUCUUCUUGUUUUGGCAAUUUCUAAUUCUUCAGCUAAUGAAUGUUGUCUUCUUCUCCUGCGUUUUUCUUUAUAAAUUUGAAUGUUUGCCGUCUUGUUCCGUUCCCUACGUUUUAUUGCAUGGCGCUGCCUAACAUCUUAUUUGUUCAAGUUCUGCCGUAUUCUGUUCAACGGAGCGCUUACUCUCCACAAGAGCAGUCCAGCUAAUUGAAUAUGAAGAAAAAUGACUAAUUAGGAAAGUUCUUUUUUAAUUAUAAAUCUAAGAAAUAGACGUACAGACCUAUCCACUCUGGAUGUAACAUGAAUGAAAACCUAAUCCGACCAUCUUGUGACCCUGUAAAUAUGUCCACCGCAUCUGUAUGCUAUUUAUUUUCCGUCACAAGCCUCCUCUCUGACAGGACCUCAGACUUGAAGCGAAUAAUCAAAAAUCUGUUAUAAGAAACACGUUGGGCUUUUUUUUUUUUUUCCUCCCCCUUGCAGUGAGUUGUUUCUCCAUUGUGCCUCUGUUCUUUGUAAAAAAAGAAAUAAAAUAAAGACCUUUUCUCCAA